AUGGAUAGCUCAAAUUAGGAUGGAAGUUUUAUAAAAUUUGUAUGUAUAUCAGAUACUCAUACAAAAGCAGGUUUACUAAAUUUACCUAAGGGUGAUGUUCUUAUUCAUGCUGGAGACUUCACAUAUACAGGAAAACCAGAAGAAGUUUAUGAAUUUAAUGAUUUUCUAAAAAACAGUGAUUUCGAAGCUAAAGUAGUAAUUGCAGGUAAUCAUGAUCUGACAUUCGAUAUAUAAAACUAUGCCAAAGAUUACGCGUAAAGAUUUCAUUAAGAUGAAAAGAUUCCUAUCGAUGCUGUAGCUACUAAAGCCAUGCUAAAAGAUUGUAUUUAUCUGGAAGACUCUUCUGUAAAUCUCAAAGGAUAUUCAAUUUAUGGAUCACCAUACACUCCUACUUUUUUUGAUUGGGCAUUUAAUCUAGAUAUAGGAAAGCCUUUACAAAAAAAGUGGGAACAAAUUCCUAAUAACACUGACAUAUUAAUUACACAUGGUCCUCCUCAUAAAAUUCUUGACAGAUGCUAUGAUGGCUUUUAAGCUGGAUGUCCAGAUCUCAGAAAAGCAGUACUAGAAAGAGUAAAGCCUUUAUAUCACAUAUUUGGUCACAUUCAUGAAGACUUUGGGCAAUUAAAAAUUGAUAAUACAACCUUCAUAAAUGCUUCUUCUGUUGACUUCAAAUAUAAAACUAGAAGUAGUCCUGCCAUUACAUUUUCUUUGCCUAUUAAAGAUUGA